UCCAAAGUUUGAAAAAGGAGCGGAAAAGGCCAAGCCCCCUAGGCGGCCGGGAGCAGACCCGCGGAGCCGGCUGGAGAGCGUGCAUCGCGGUGGGAGCGAGGAUGGGCGUCUCGGUGGACGUGCACCAGGUGUACAAGUACCCCUUCGAGCAGGUGGUCGCCAGCUUCCUCCGAAAGUAUCCCAACCCCAUGGAGAAAAAUGUCGUCUCUGUAAAAAUUGUGGAGGAAAGGAAAGAUGAAAUGACAGGAAUCAUCUAUAGAAGGAGGAUUGCAAUCUGUCAGAAUGUGAUUCCAGAAAUUUUAAGGAAGAUGAGCAUUUUAAAGGUACCUAGUAUCCAGUUAGAAGAAGAAUCAUGGCUCAAUCUUCAGGAAAGAAACAUGGAUAUACGGAGUCACUGCCUUACAUGGACACAGUAUGCAUCCAUGAAGGAAGAGUCUGUCUUCAGAGAAAGUAUGGAAAAUCCAAAUUGGACAGAGUUCAUUCAAAGAGGCAGGAUUUCAAUCACAGGCGCCGGAUUUCUCAACUGUGUUUUGGAAUCUUUUGCCAGUACUUUCUUACGACAGGGAGCCCAGAAGGGAAUUAGAAUAAUGGAGACGCUGCUGAAGGAACAGUGUGGUGCCCCCUUAGCCAAAUAAAGAAUCACCAGGGAGCUGUAUCCAUGUCUGCUUUUUUUUUCCUUUGUUUCUUCGAAAAUCACCUCUUGGCUACAACAUCGGCAUGUUCCUGGAGUACAGGUUUGAGGAUAUAGUGUCAGCAGUCUAAAGAAGAGGACACUAUCCUUCAAGACAUCAAAUGACACACUUACCUUGGAGCCUGUUCACACCGUGGGACUCAUGGGAAUGAGACCCUCUAGCUGGAGUUUUAUGAUGCAGUCUCUUUACGAUUUUACAAAUAAAGGGAAAAUCCAUGUAAGAUGGUGCCAGUCCUCCUCGGGGUGUCCUUCUGGUCAUCUGAGAUGGUGUCAGAGCAGCGAAGGGCAGGAUCAAGUUCUGCAGAAGUGUCCUGCUCACGUGUUAUCAACAUCACUGUUCAUAGGAUUCAUGAGAAGAUUCUGGAACAAGUAAAGUUGUUUACCCUGAUAUGUGCUUUUAGGGGACCGGGAACAGACAAGCUUGUGUCAGACCUGUGUUGAAACUAAGCCAUAUAUUUAAGAUUGUCAGAAAUCAAGAAUUUAUUUCUAUCCAGAGGUGAUACACAAGUGCUAUCCCUACAGCUUUUACCAUGUGACACAUCACCUGUGGCUUGAUCCUCUGAAGAACAGGGAGUGGAGAGGAGAGGGCAGGCUCUUGCCAUGGCUCCUUCUAGCUUGUUCCGUGAUGUGCAGCAGAUCACUCCACUGCCUUUUUAACUGGGAAAAUUGGGAUAUUGGGCACAGAUCUUUCUGCCGUGGCUUGUGACAACUAAACAAGAUAGUUUAGUUUGCAGAAUACGGGUUUGGAGUCAGGCAGACAGAUACGCGUUUGAAUCCAAGCACUGCCAUGUACUAUUCAGUGAUCAGGAACAUAAUUUUAAAUCUUUCUGAAGCUCAUUUUUUAAAAAAAUUAUAAAAUGUGAUGGGAUUAACUCUGUGCUUGCUGGUGCCUAGUGGAAGCCCAGUAAAUAGAUUGUUAUGUGAAACUAUUUUGAAGAUACAGCUUUCAACUGUAAGGGAAGGUGGUGUUACUGUUCGAAAAUUAGAUGACAGUAGCUUGCAUUUCCCGUGAUGGGAAGCCAAAAUAUAAACACACUCUACCUAACAGAAAGCUUGAAGAGAGGUAAUAAUUUGGAAUUCAUUUUCUUAAGAUAAAAAUUGGGCCAUUACUGGAAAGUCUUGGGGAAAUUGUUCUUUUUAAAUAUUUGACAAUUUUUCUACUUAAUGCAUCAAUGAAUUUCAAAGCAACUGUACUUUUUCUUACCAGGCUGCCACUGGGAGCCUUCUCUUAUUUUAUUUGAGCUAUUUGUGCUGCCUGAGUUUUGUCUCUUGGGAUAAUAUCCCUUUAUUUCCUUAGUGUUUUAUUCUUUAGUUGUGUUGGAGGGAAAAAUGAAUGGUAGAAAUCAGAAUAUAUUUUGACCUUCUUUUCCAGUUUGUAAAUGCCAUUUGGCAGGCUUUUGGAAUAAUAGCCUUCUCCCAAAGUAAGAGGUGAUGUGAAUUAUGAGGUCAGAGGCAAGCACUUUGCAUUUGGAGACUGAUGUUGGAAUAAACAUAACCCUUCAUACUUUAAAAAAAUUUUUUUUAUUUUAAAGUAUAAAAAAUUAAAAUGAUACAGAA